AUGGAAUCAUUUGUUGUAACUAAAACAGGACAUCACAUGGAUAUUCCCGAUGGUUCAUAUGUUAAGUUAUUAAAUUUCGCUUAUAAAGGAAAUAAACCAUCAAGUGUUGUUUUAAAAGUUUAUAAUGAAAAAGAAGAGGAAUUAAGAGCCAUCUUAUGUACACUUACUCCAGAAAAUCCUCAAUAUUUUGCUGAGAUUAUUGUAGCAGGUCCAUCUGCUGAUUUUGAAUUAAUUGGGGAUGAUGAAAUUACUGUUUAUAUGGAUAUUGACUUUGAUGAUAUAACAAAGUUUGAAGAUGAUGAUGACGAUGAUAUGACAUUUAGUGAUAUGGAAGAUAGUGAUGAUGAAGAGGAAGAAGAAGAACCUCCAAAGAAAGAAGCUCUUAAAAAAGAGGAAAAGAAACCUCAACCACCAAAACAAGAAAAGAAGUCCCAACCAAAGAAAGAAGUUAAACAACAACCAAAGAAGGAAAUUAAACAACAACCAAAAAAAGAAAUUAAACAACAACCAAAAAAAGAAAGUAAGCCUCAACCACCAAAGAAACAAUUCCAAGAAAAUGAAAAUAAAAAGAAGAAUAAAAAACAUGGAAAAAAAUAA